CCUUUCCUUUGCGCGCUUUUCAGCUGCAAAAAGCACAGCUAGGGUGCUCGUUCUAGCAGGACCAGGAGUAACUCUGAACAUUUACACGAACGCCCGCGACACAUUUAGCCACAGCGCCAGCACUGUUUGAACUCGAUCUCAACUGGGCCAAAAGACGCGUUAUGUGGUUCUUGACUGGAUCGCACGAGUUUUGAGUAUUUUUCUUCCAAACAAACUCGACUAGCGUUUUUUUCCUCGAACAAUUUCGCCAGAUUCUAUCUGACACAACUUCUAGACACUGAACGAGAACGUUGCGAAGCUCCUUUCGACCCGACCACGACACUAGGAAGUAUUACCUAGCUUUCUGAACUUUUUCUAGAGGCUCUUGGAUAUAAUUUUCAGCAAUUUCAUCCCGCCAAGAAACAAAAUGAGCGCUCCUGCCGAAGAGCCGAAAGUCCAGGAACAGCAGCAGGCCACUGUGGCCCCCGCUGAGGAGAAGAAGGCUGAGGAGCAGAAGGUCGCUGCCGGCACGGAAGAAAAGCCGAAACAAGCCGAAGAAACCACCGCUAGUACAACUACCGCGGCUGCCGCUCCCGCUACCGAGGAAAAAGUAGAACAAACCACCACUUCCAACAAGCGCCCCGCCGAAGAUAGUGUUGUGGCUGCCGAAGAGAAAAAGGAAGAGAAAAAGGAUGGCGAACAAGAGCAGAAACCUGCGGCCGAGGAACAAACUGCUGCGGCUAGUGCCCCGCCGGCGAAGAAACAGAAGUUGAACAACAAUAAGUUAAAUGUCGCGACUGACCAGGGAAUUUUGAUCACGGCGGCGAACUCCCACGCGUUGAAGCCGGCCAUUCACGAUUGCUUGAACAUUUUGAAGCGCGCUUUUCCGGACACUGCUACAGCAGUAUGCAUUGCAAAAGUAUCGUACUCGUAUAAAUGCAUUACAAAUUUCCUCAGCAUGAGAAAUAAAAUUUGUAAUGCGGAUUUACCGUAACAAAAGGAUUUAAUGCAUGAUUGCAAUACGAGUGCGAUGCUUUUGCACAGGAUAAGCAGGUGCCGACGACAAGGCUGGAAAAAGAUUCGAACUCUGCAACGAUCACAAGCUGCCGUUCGGUAUUGAUGAGAAUGUUCCUUUUGCAUUUGCUGUUGGUUGUUUUCGCAUGACAGUCACAGUAAUUCUUCCACUUCUUCCUCCUGAACCUGAUGUCAACAUCGCAUGCCAAUCUGUUCAUGCUCACUUGCACUACUUACAAAACCGCACAACAAAUUCUGCUAGGUAUCGGCUUCGUGAAGUGCAAUCAGUCUCCUACCGCUCCGUUAACCGCGUCCGCCUGCUGCAGCCAGAUGUUCGAGAAAUUCCAAAACAAGCAGGAAAACUCCCACCAUAUUUUCCGGCUACUGCCGUGCGACUUCCUCUGUAAGCCGGACAUUGAGGAGUUCAAAAAGCUCGCGGAGAAACACAUCAAACCCUUGUUCCCGAAAACGGAAAAAGCGGAAGACAAAAAGUUGACGUGGGCGCUGAACUUCAAAACCCGGGCGGUGGUAUGGAAUGUGAAAUAAAUUUUUCGGAGAUUGUUUGCAAUUUUUACGCACAGGACGGGGCGCUUUUUCGAUUUAAUAAGUGCCUGCAUGCGAAAGACCAUUCGAGGACAAUUAUGCUGCGGCUUUUCCAAGGAUGUCGAACGGCCAGCUUUUGCAGCCUUCACGCAAACUAGCAAGUUUUGGCUCAGACAAUCAAAAAAAUCGCAGCACCAUGGUGAUGCAUGAUUUUUCUGAUUGAAAAUAACAUGCGCUUGCUCUAUGUGACGCAACAAUGGUGCAAUUUUUUUCGAUUAUGAAUCUAUUUGACCCGCCGUCCUAGUACCUCAAAUUGUCUCCGAACAAUUUCGACUUUCCCACUCCAUACUUGAAGAAGAUCAACAAGGACCUGAUCCUGCAAGUGAUCGACCAGUGGUAUCAAAUGCAAAAAUGUCUGGGUCUGGGAGAUUCCGAGAUUUGUCAUGCAGUUUUUCCAAGCUCCCCCACGUCUGGAAUGCAGGGCCUAGCAUCACAGGUUCUGCAGCUCCUUGGUGAUGCGUAUUCUGCAUGAGAAAUGCUCUCUCAGCAUGGCCAGAAGUGGGCACCUUUUGCACGUUAUGCAUCACAGAUCUUUGUAGGAUCCGAAACACAUAUCACAAGUUCGGAUCCUUCCAGACCCAGACAUUUUUGCGUUUGAUAAAUGGACCGAUGGGUACAAGGUUUCCCUGGACAACCCCGAAGUGUGCAUCCAGAUCGAGGUGAACCCGGUUUUCAUCGGGUUGGCUUUGAUUGACAACCACCAGUGGGGGAAGUUUAUCAAGUACAACGUGCAAUCGGUGUUGAAUCCGGCGCAGGCCCUAUGGGGAGGAAAAAGUUUGUUACAGUCACUAUCUAUCUUGGCGGUUCUGCAUUACAAAUUUUUUGCAUCAUCACAGCUUUUGCUUGUAUUGCUGGAACACCAAGGGAAAUCCCGUAGGAAGUUUGGCUGUGGGGCAUUUUUAUGCAUGACAGUCAGGCAUUUUUUGUAUUGCAACAAUGCACAUGAAUGAUCGUGGUGAGCUUUUUUCUUUUGAUAGGCCGCGAAGGAAGCGGAAAAGCACCGGAGCCGGGAGAAGGCGAACCAGGCGAAAAAAGCGGAGAAGGCUGCUGUAUGAACUGCAAAAGUAUCGCACUCUCAUAAAUGCAUUACGCAUUCUCUCAGCAUGAGAAAUAAAAUUUGUAAUGCGGAUUUACGUUGAGAAAAAAAUUCGUAAUGCAUGAUUGCAAUAGGAGUGCGAUACUUUUGCACAGGAUAUGCCGCUGCGAGUAGUACCACGGGAGUCGAGAAGAAGGCGGAGGAGAAGAAGGAGGAAGCUGCGGCUGCUUGUGCCACUGCAGAGACGAAGACCGAAGCUCCUGCGCCCGCCGUUGCCGAGAAGGAAGCCGCUAAGGCCGUUGUUGAGGGAGAACAAGCGAAGACCGCCACGGAGAAGGCGGUGGAGGCUGGAGCGUAAAGGCAGAAUCGUCGACAUGAGAAGGCUAUAUGUAGUGUUGAAUGUGGAAAAAUAAAGGGAAACAUGAAACUUCCGUUUGCGAAUGACACCACUACACUUACGAAACCUCCGCGUUUGUCUCUUCGCGACUCGAUGACAUCGCUUCUCUGGUGUGAGGAGUAUGAAGACGAGCUCCUCUAUCCAGGUCACAGAUCAGAACCAUCACUAACUUUGCUUUUGAACAGCUCAACCUCGAAUAAAAGUUAAUAUCACGCAAACAAGUUCUCGAAAAAUUCCAUCGCCAAGUAACAGGGAAAGCAU